AUGCAGUUCCUUACUUCCAAGCUUGCUAUCAUCUUCCUCGCCACCGCGGCUUGGACAGCCACGACUCCGGACGGUACAUGCGGCAACGAAAAGGCUGGCGACAACAAGGCAUUCACAUGCACCAGGGAACUGCCGUGCUGCUCGAGCUACGGCUACUGUGGUGCAUCGGAUGCCUAUUGCCUGUCGUCAACAGGCUGCCAGAGUGCCUUUUCCUUCUCCGAGAACAAUAUUACAUCAACCGCUUGCUAUGCUCCGAGAAACGGCACAGUUUCGCCCGACGGUACAUGCGGCAGGGCUAGGGCAGGUGUUCAUGGAUACAAGUGUCCUUCUACCCCUGACAUGGAAUGCUGCUCAGUCGCGGGCUGGUGUGGAAAUACUGCUGACCACUGCGCUGCUUCCAAUGGCUGCCAGGCGUCGUUUGGAAAAUGCAUCUAA